AUGCCUACAUCAUGCAAGGGCAACCGUCCGCUGACAUCGGGUGCUCAAAACAGGGAGAUAGGCGCCCAAACACUCAAAGACGUGCGCCAAAUAAAAGACAUGUCCUACCAGACCAAGCAUAUCUCUCGCCAAGCAAGAGACACGGCCGACCAAACAAAAAGAAUGACCUCCAAAUUACAAAGUGACGUCCAAAAAAACGGCGUCGUAGCCUGCCAAACACAGGCCACUGUCCUCAAUAUCGAAUCCCAACUCAAAAAACUCAUCAAGGCAUCCCGCGCACCGAGUCCAGGACGCCAAUUUGCAGAUUGGGUUCCGCCAUUGGUGAGGACACUUUUGCUCAACGGUGAGAGCGUCGACAAGCGACAACUGCCUAACAGAUACACUGCCCUACAAAAUGCUUGUAGUGACCCCGAUCAAUCCGACAACAAAAUUGCUCUUGUCAGCUUUCUGCUCGACGAGGGGGCUGAUCCAAGGCUUACCACUGAAGGUGCUCAGUCAACAUCCCUACACCUCGCUGCCUACAACAACAACGUGAAAGCACUGAAGGCUAUCAAGAGAAGCUUGGUGCCGGAGGACGACGGACCUGCUGAUGCCAAGACACUCGCCGCUCGAGCUACAAAGCUUCCUGUUUUCACCAAGGAACAAGAGGUGACGACACUACCUCGUCGACCUUCAACUUCGAUGAGUACGGUGUCAACCGUGCAGCGCUAUAGACGUCACAAAAAGGAAUGGAAGAGUCUCCUAUGUAAGGCCAACAAGAACGGUAGGAAUGUCCUUCACAUGGUUGCUUGGGGGGCAGCACCUGAGGCGGCCGAGUUUUUGGUUAGCGAGAUUGUGAGAGAGAGGCUGAGUGAGCGGUUGGUUAGGGAGCAGGACGACAAGGGAAGAACGCCUUGGGAUGUCUUGUCUGGAAAAUUUUCCAGGGGAGAUAAGGAUGAAAGAGCGUUCAGGAAGAUGAAGACUGCGUUAGAAAAGGCGGGUGCCCACUUGGCUGCAGCUCAAGAGAAGGAACUAGCAAAGGAGGUACAGGCUAAGGCGCUACCUCAAGUCGACGAGCAACAUGAAGGUACAAAGAAUGCGUCAAAGACCACUCCACGCCAGCAACCACGCCGGAGCCCGCCUCGAGGCAGGUCUGAGGUUCGUUCUCCACAGAAGCAUGAGGACCGUGGUCGGAAUACAACCCCAGACUCAGGUCAACGACAGAAUGACCAAAGCCAUCUCAAAUAUCCAGAUUGUAGAGAUGAUGACCGGUCACUGGGAAAGAGCGACAGCCGCCGUGGAAGAUCCAAGGCACCUACGAAGGAUGCCAGCCAGAACAGGACCAACAGACAACGAUCGAACAGUCCACAGGUCGCCAGACAGGAUUUGUGCACAAAUAAGAUAUCGAGUCACAAAGUGACACCUGACACUGGCAGGAGCGACAAAGCGGCCGGUGACAAACAAAAACCCAGAAAGAAUACACCAAAACCUCGAGGUGUUCAUUCAAGCCAGAUGAAGAAGCCGCCACCAAGUCGAGAUACUAGAGCAGCCAAUUUACCGCCCCCCGUGAACCAGAGGAGCAGGUCCCCAAAUACCUUGCCUGAUUUGAAGCAAGAUGCCAAAUGCAAGAUGCGUCCAGUGUCAUCUCAAAGUGAAAGCCAAAAGAAGCCUAAGAGUAGAGUCUCCACGGGCGAGGUCAGAAAAAGCACGAGGAGUGCUGGGUGGGAUACAGCAUCCAGAUAUGGGGCUCACAGCGAGAAAAGAGGUGCUGUUCGGAAUAAAAAAGACUUAGGUGGUGAUCUUUGGAAUCAAGUGUUGCCGUCAAAGGACAGUCUUGUAGAAGCAGGUCCUCAAUUUGGUCAGAUGUUACAGACUGAACCUCUUAUCAAGAAGUGGUUGGACAGUGUUCCAGUUAAUUGUGGCUUUUAUUGA